AUGAAUAAAAUAAAUGCCGUUAUCGUUCUUCUCUUGUUACAGGCAAUUAUGAUCUCUGCCCAAAAAUUAAAGUUUCAGUUUCAUACUGUUAGGAUUCCUUCAAGUGGAGCAUGGUUAAAAUGUGCCGAGUCUCCAUCAAUGAUCAGCUACGCUAUACAAUUGGCUAGUAAAACUGACUCAUUGGAUCCAACUUAUUAUGGUGGCGAUUAUUACAAAUUAAAGGAUUACAAAGCUACUGAAGUAGGCUAUGGAUUCUACGCUGAGGUUACCGAUUUAACGUAUGGUAUUACAGGAUUUGUAUGUGGAGAAAUGGGUCCAGGAGCAUCAGUUGCUUGUACAAGAGAAGGUCCAAUUUACAAGAAAGGAAUUUGGUGUUUAGCUAUAGCUAAUCCAUUUCUCAAUGACAUAAAUGUUGAUGUUGUUGUAUCGUUCACUCAAAGUGUGUUUGUAGCAGGUACUUAUAGAAAGGAUCCUAACGAAGAUGAUACCGCCAUAGGGAAAUCUGGUCUGUCAUAUAACAAAACUCCUAACAAAAAGAGAAAUUUGGGACGUAGUAAAACACUUCGUCUCGAUGGCUCCUAUUAA